CUGAUUUGGACUCCCACCUGUGAGCCGCCACACGUCCCAGCACCAUGAGCAACUGCUGCCUGCCACUGGCGUUCGCCGCUGUCAUCGCACUGAUGCUGCUGAGCCCUGCUGCGGCGUCAGCAGAGCCCGGCGCUGACUUCGCCGGCGGCUUCAUGGUGGCCGCGGGGUCCGGCAAGGAGGGCGCCGAGAAGAGCUUCUCCGCCAUGGCGGGCGGCGCAGAAGGAGCCAUCAGUGCCAUGCAGCAGGGAGCCGACGCGGGCAUAGACGCCGCCUCCCAGGCGUCCAAGGCGGCCGUCGACGCAUUCGUGGCUGGUGGGAAGGCGGCCGUGGGCGUCGGAAAGGCCAUGUUCGAAGGAGGCGUCGGCGUCGCCGCGGAAGGCGCCAAUGCCAUGGCGUCGGCGGCCGAAGCAGCGUCAGGCCGCCGAUGAGGGUCUGGUUUGCUGUUUGCUGCUACUGCUGCUGCUGCAGCUGCAUCGGAAGAUGACAUCUGACAUGACUGUAAAUUUGUCUCAUGUCACCUGUUAUUAUUAAAAACUUAAAACCAA